CGUCGCCGACUGUUAAAUCUUCAGCCAGCGAAGCGACUGCAUCGAGCCCAGGUUUCAAUCUCCUUCGAAUCUCAAGAUAACUGACAGCUGAAUUGCAAGUUAAGAGCGAUGAGACUCGAUCAUGAAGAUCUAGACUUGACGAAUGAUGAUAAUUUCAUCGACAAGGAAAAGCUUUCAGCUCCUAUCAAGUCUACUGCAGAUAAAUUCCAGCUCGUUCCCGAGUUUUUGAAGGUGAGAGGACUUGUGAAGCAACACCUGGAUUCGUUCAAUUACUUUAUCAAUGUCGGGAUAAAAAAGAUUGUUCAGGCAAAUUGUCGUAUUGCAUCCGUAACAGACCCAUCAAUCUACCUAAGAUAUGCUGCUCCAAUAUAUGUCAAUAUAGAAUAUGUUUACGGAAGUCAUGGAAAGAAAGCAACAAGUGUAAAGGAUAAUGUAAAGAUCGGAAGGAUGCCUAUUAUGUUGCGGAGUUGCCGCUGUGUAUUACAUGGAAAAGAUGAAGAGGAACUUGCAAGAUUGGGUGAGUGCCCUCUUGAUCCUGGAGGAUACUUCGUCAUCAAAGGAACUGAGAAGGAGUGUGUUAGUGAAGGUGUGAAUACACAAAAACAAGCACUGGACUAUCUUGAGGCAAAGGUGAAAAAAACAUCAUAUGGACCUCCACCUGAAAAGGACGGAAGGGCUCUAUACAUCCUCAGAGAUUUAUUCCUUGCGCAUGUACCUGUGCGUGACAACAAUUUUCGUCAAAAAUGUUUCUAUGUUGGCGUGAUGUUGAGACGAAUGAUUGAAGCAAUGUUAAACAAAGAUGCGAUGGAUGACAAGGAUUAUGUUGGUAACAAGCGGUUGGAGUUAUCUGGACAACUAAUGUCUCUUCUCUUUGAGGAUUUGUUCAAAACGAUGCUCAGUGAGGCCAUUAAAAAAGUAGAUGCUAUUCUUUUAAAACAAAGCCGGGCUAGCCGAUUUGAUUUUUCUCAGUAUAUCACUGGAGAAAGUCAUAACAGUAUUUCUUUUGGACUAGAAAGAACCCUUUCAACGGGAAACUUCGAUAUUAAAAGGUUCAGAAUGCAUAGAAAAGGCAUGACACAGGUCUUAACAAGGUUAUCUUUUAUCGGGAGCUUGGGGUUUAUCACGAAAAUUUCACCACAAUUUGAAAAGUCAAGAAAAGUAAGUGGGCCUAGAUCAUUGCAACCCAGCCAGUGGGGCAUGCUCUGCCCAUGUGAUACCCCAGAAGGUGAAUCUUGUGGGCUUGUCAAGAACUUGGCUUUAAUGACUCAUGUCACAACAGAUGAAGAGGAAGGCCCAUUGGUUGCUAUGUGCUACAAAUUGGGUGUUACAGAUCUGGAAGUAUUAUCAGCAGAGGAGCUGCAUACUCCGGACUCAUUUUUGGUCAUAUUGAAUGGGCUAAUUCUUGGCAAACAUAGAAGGCCACAGUACUUCGCCAAUUCACUUAGAAUGCUGCGUAGAGCUGGAAAAAUUGGCGAGUUCGUCAGUGUGUUCACCAACGAAAAGCAGCAUUGUGUUUACGUUGCAUCUGAUGGUGGGCGGGUUUGUCGUCCACUUGUUAUAGCCGAUAAAGGAAUAUCAAGAGUUAAACAACACCACAUGAAGGAAUUACAGGAUGGGGUUCGCACUUUUGAUGACUUUAUUCGUGACGGUUUGAUCGAGUAUCUUGAUGUCAAUGAGGAAAACAAUGCAUUGAUCGCUUUAUAUGAAAGUGAAGCCACUACGGAACUGGAUGAAGGAGCAGAAGCUGCUAAGAUAAGGGCAGACAUAACCCACAUUGAGAUUGAACCUUUCACCAUCUUAGGUGUUGUUGCUGGUCUUAUUCCCUACCCUCACCAUAAUCAGUCACCUAGAAAUACGUAUCAGUUAAACCGGAUGGACACAUUGCUUUACCUAUUGGUGUAUCCUCAGCGACCCCUGUUGACGACAAGGACAAUUGAAUUGGUUGGAUAUGAUAAACUUGGAGCAGGUCAAAAUGCAACAGUUGCUGUUAUGAGUAAUACUGGAUACGACAUAGAGGAUGCAAUAGUGAUGAACAAAUCUUCCUUGGAUCGUGGUUUUGGCCGCUGCAUUGUUAUGAAAAAAAUUGUUGCUACGUGCCAGAAGUAUGACAACAGUACAGUAGACAGAAUACUCAUGCCACAAAGAACAGGCCCAGAUGCAGAAAAGAUGCAGAUACUGGAUGAUGAUGGAAUUGCUUCUCCAGGGGAAAUUAUCAGACCGAAUGAUGUUUAUAUAUAUAAACAAAUCCCUGUGUGCACAACAAGAGAUAAGAUUACAUCUCCGCUAUCUGAUAGUCAAUACCGUCCGGCCAGAGAGUUUUUCAAAGGUCCUGAAGGAGAGACGCAAGUGGUCGAUAGAGUUGCUCUCUGUUCUGAUAAGAGUGGCAGUUUAUGCAUCAAAUACAUCAUACGACAUACUCGUCGACCAGAGCUUGGCGACAAAUUCAGUAGUAGGCAUGGGCAGAAAGGUGUAUGUGGUACAAUUAUUCAGCAAGAAGAUUUUCCAUUUUCUGAGCUUGGAAUUUGCCCUGAUUUGAUCAUGAAUCCUCAUGGGUUUCCAAGUCGUAUGACAGUUGGUAAGAUGAUUGAACUCCUUGGAAGCAAGGCUGGCGUUUCUUGUGGUAGAUUUCAUUAUGGUAGUGCUUUUGGAGAAAGAAGUGGUCAUGCUGACAAGGUUGAGACUAUAAGUAAGACCCUUGUGGAUAAAGGGUUUUCAUACAGUGGGAAGGACUUGUUAUACUCAGGUCUCAGUGGCGAGCCAUUGGAAGCAUACAUCUUUAUGGGGCCGAUAUAUUACCAGAAAUUGAAACACAUGGUUUUGGACAAGAUGCAUGCGCGAGGGAGUGGACCGCGUGUCAUGAUGACAAGACAGCCUACUGAAGGGAAAUCUAAGAAUGGAGGUUUAAGAGUGGGAGAAAUGGAACGAGAUUGUCUUAUUGCUUAUGGGGCCAGCAUGUUGAUCUACGAGCGGCUCAUGAUUUCUAGUGAUCCUUUUGAAGUUCAGGUUUGCAGAGCUUGUGGUUUGUUGGGAUAUUACAAUUACAAGCUUAAAAAAGCAGUUUGUUCAACAUGUAAAAAUGGCGAUAACAUUGCUACUAUGAAACUCCCAUAUGCAUGCAAGCUACUAUUCCAGGAACUCCAGUCGAUGAAUGUUGUUCCGCGUCUGAAACUUGUAGAGGCUUGAUCUCAGGGAAGCGUUAUCAAACUGUUUUCAACUUGGAUGAUAAUAUUUGAUACAACUUCGAUUGCUUUUGGUGUGAUAUUUGCUGUCAAAGUCCUCAGGUUUGAUCAUAUUUGUUUUGUUCUUAAUUGAUGUACUGAACCUUUGGAAAAAAAUGACUAAUGAGAA